AUGUCGUACAAUAAUGUUCAUAGAGCUUUCUUGCAGGCGUGUUCGAAUCACGGCACAAUAAGCAAGCAACAAGCCCACGACAUACUAAUCGGCAUCUAUGCACGCUAUGGUGAAGAUGAUACGGUUCCCGAUGAGGAUAAAGUAGCAGAAGUUGUGGCCAAAAUAAACGAACGUAUCUAUCGCUUCGACCAGAAAAUCAGCUUUACGCACUAUGAUCCGACCGAUAUGGAUUUCUACGUAUUCGUCAAUCUGCAAGAGUCGCCGGUAGAUCUGCAGCAAAAUUUCUACUCCGCUACCGAGAUACAUUACUUUCGUGUGUUAUUGCGUGAGCUCACAUUAAGCGACGACCAUCAUCUACCCUCUAUUGCUUGCCUUAACUUAACGAGCGAAACUGCCGGUGAAGGAACAAAGCCUCUCACGAAAGCACGUGCCGAACAACUGUUGGGGGAAUGGGAGGAAAUGGGCUACUUUCUGGAGCUAGAAGACAAAUGCUACUUGGGGCCGAAAGCAAUUGUAGAAUUUGAAAAGUUCCUCAACAAACAUUAUGCGGAUGUUAUAACACGCUGCUGUCUGUGCAAAGUCACGAUAUUCUAUGGGGUUCGUUGUGCGAGCUGUCCACAGAUUUUGCACAAAGAUUGCAUGAAGAAGUACCUCCGUCGACUCACAAAUUGUCCCGCAUGUAAAGAAUUGUGGAGCGUUCCGUUAUAA